ACCAUUGAUUCCGACGCUUUCCGGGAUCACAAAAGAUUCUCCGAGUGGUCAGUUGUCUUGAACUCGGACAUGGCUAUCGAAGUUGUAUCUGGUACGUCGACACCGCUGUCGGCAGCGGCAACGCUCAUAGGUACUCCCAUGGAGGACCUCAAGGGCUUGCCUAUCCAAGGAGCCAGCGUACUCAAUAAACCGGCAUCUCACAUCAUAGAACUUCUCGCGUCUCGUUCAGCUACCAGCUCUGCUGUCUACAUUUACGAUGUUGCUGAACAAGUAGGGUUCGGAACGCUGACUAAAACGUGGUCGUCGACCAUGGAGUCAACUGCGCCAGUCAUUAGCCUCCAGACAAGGGCAGGCGCCGGCCUUAGUCUCGUCGGACGGCUUUCCGCGGGGAGUAGCCAGGAUGUGGUGAAGGGAUCAGUCCUCACUGCUUACACUACACCCGCUGGGCUAGCCGCGAUGGCUCAAUCAUUGUCAUAUUUGCCCCCUGCUACAAGUAGCAGUAGGUUGAUUAUCCAGGUUCCGGCAGUCACUACUGUCGGUCCAAGCUUCACGCUCUCCCCUACGUUAGCAUCCCUCUCCGCAACUUUCUCCAUCCUUCCCGAUAAUAUUGUCGUCCUCUUGUCUGCUACCCCGCAGGAGUCCAUAGAUCUUGCCGCGCUUUCGUACAAGCUUACGUCUUCCCACGUUGUUCAUAUCUUCGAUCAUCACGGCAUCUCCCGCGAAAGUGGCCACGGUUUCGUCCCCACCCUUCCGCUGAAGGAGACUCCUGCUCUCGGCGUACCAGAACUCAUUCGAUGGUCUGGAUAUCAAUUCUUCGAUUAUGUCGGUGAUGUAAAUGCAGAGACGGUGGUUGUCUUGUUGAAUGGACCUUUGGCACUGAUGGCGAAGUCCAUUGCGACUCACACCAGCGGUCUUGGUGUUGUGGUUGUAAGAGUGUUGAGGCCAUGGGAUGGGGAUGCUUUUAAGCAAUGUCUCCCUGAUACUGUGAAGGAGGUUCACGUCUUCGACGACGUACCCAAUGAAGCCUGCCAAGGCAGCCUAUUCGUCGAUGUCUUUGGAUCACUAUACAGCCCUAACUCUCCGGGGCCGCUUGUGCGAGCUCAGCGGGUGACACCCACAAGGACCUCAUCCUUCCUGUCAGACCCCACUCAAUUUUCGACCCUCUUCACUGAACUCUCACACCAAGUUCGUGCUGUGCACCUAGACACCUCUCUGACUAGGAAGUUUCUCUUCUUCAGUACCCCAAAGUCCACCCUAUCUCCUCUCCCCCAGACUGUAGCAAACUCUUUUUCCAGUGCAAUCUCUGCUCGCCUCCUUACCGACCAUGACAUUUUCAGCAAAUCGGGAGGCGUCACCGCAGACAAGAUCGUGCUUUCUCCGCGCAGCGAGGGCACAGAAAUUCUUCCUAUGGCCGCAGCGUUUCCCGCAGGAACAGCAGACUUCAUUUGCGUCCUAGAAGCGAGUCUGCUGAAGUCCCACUCAUUACUCAACCAAGCCAAGUCUGGGGCAAUAGUACUCGUCGUUUCCUCGUGGUCCUCUGACCUACCAUCCAACCUACCCGCAGCUGUCUUGUCGACAGCGGUUGAGAAGAAACUCAGGAUUUUUACCAUAGACGCCAAAGCUAUCUCGUCUGGUUUUGGAGCGGAACCUGGGGAAGUUCAGGAAGCCGUGCAAAGAUUAUCUGUUUAUCUUGCAGUUCUAAGGCUUUACCUUGGGAAAGCGGUCAGCGAGCCUGCCGUUCGCAAGCUCGCAGAAGGUGUCGCAAGGGAGGCGGGCCAGGGUGGUCAGCUUGCGAAGAUUAGUGCUAGCUCUUGGGCUGCUCUCGAGGAGGUCGAAUUACACAUCCCUCCGGCAGUGGGCGAGGGUGAUGCAAAGCCUCCCCCUCCUCUCAAGCAGUUUGAGUUCAAUGCUAUCGCUGUGGAGACUGCUGAUGGACAGACUGUUAUCAAUGGCUCAAAAGUUUCUUCGUGGCAUGAUGCUGCCAAGCACCUUUUGUUCCCAUCCGUCUUCACACCUCCAACGCCCCCUUCGGAGGAAACUCAAGAGUACCUCCAGGAUCCUUCUCUGCGUCCAGAAGUACCAGAGCACACAUAUUUGGUGACUUGCACAGUCAAUCGCCGCUUAACUCCUCUGGACUACGAUAGGAAUGUCUUCCACCUGGAGUUCGACACGGAGGGCACCGGCCUCAAGUACGCUAUUGGAGAAGCCUUGGGCGUGCAUGGGUGGAAUGAUGAACAAGAAGUCCUUGAUUUCUGUGAAUGGUAUGGCGUCGAUCCCGACCGAUUGAUCACCAUCCCGGUGGCUGCAAACGAAGGGAAGAUGUAUACUCGCACUACCUUCCAGGCGCUUCAGCAGCAAACCGACCUCUUUGGCCGGCCGCCGAAGUCGUUUUACGCUGAGCUUGCUGCAUAUGCCACUAGCCCUGCCGACAGGCUGGCGCUUCAAUUCAUCGGCGCACCAGAAGGGUCAUCUACCUUCAAAAAACUCGGAGAGAAAGAUACUGUUACAUUCGCAGAGAUCUUGCAGCGAUAUCCUAGUGCAAAGCCAGGCAUUGAGACUCUAUGCGAGAUGAUCGGAGACAUCAAACCCAGACACUACAGUAUUGCAAGCGCGCAGAGUGCGGUUGGCAAUCGAGUCGAUUUGUUAGUGGUCACCGUGGAGUGGACCGCGCCAAAUGGCACCCCUCAUUAUGGACAGUGUACUAGGUACCUAGCUAGUCUCAAAGUUGGGCAGAAGGUUACCGUUUCCAUCAAACCUAGUGUUAUGAAGCUCCCACCGGACAAUAUGCAGCCCAUCAUCAUGGCAGGUCUUGGCACUGGAGCUGCUCCCUUCCGCGCCUUUCUACAGCAUCGCGCUCUGCUCGCUCAACAAGGCAUCCCUGUGGGGCCCACCUACUAUUACUUCGGUUCUCGACAUCGGCACCAAGAAUACCUUUAUGGUGAAGAGAUGGAAGCGUAUAUCCUGGAUGGCACGAUCACAAAAGCUGGACUUGCAUUCUCUCGAGAUGGACCCAAAAAGGUGUACAUCCAGCACCUCAUGCUCGAGGACGCUGCCGAUCUCGCAUCCUUGUUGAAGAACCAGGCGGGGGUGUUCUACCUCUGUGGCCCAACGUGGCCAGUACCCGACGUGUACGAAGCGCUUGUAGGUGCGUUGGUUAAGAACGAGGGCCAUACCCCAGAGAGCGCGGGGGAAUUCUUGAUGAGUCUCAAGGAAGAAGAACGUUAUGUUCUAGAAGUGUAUUAGAUGGCUACAUCACAUGCAGCCUAAGUAUGAUCAUCAUGUCAUCGCCCUCAUCAGGUGCCAUCUCUCAUAUAUAUGCACGCAUAAAGAGCAUUCCUAGUACCCCGCUAUGUGAUUUUCGUGCAAUGUAAUAGUGCACCUCCUAAUGUGUUUGCUCUUUGCUUCCAUCAUGUCUUCAAACCUUGUUCCUUCCACGGUAUUCAAAAUGCUUCC